CAAUAACAAAUUAAUUACCAUCUCAGCAAAUUUCGGGUUGGAUGUUAACGCACACUCUUUUGUUAAAUCAGCUAAUAUGUUAUUAAAUAUUUGCAAAAAUAUUAGGAUUUCCUUAUUCAAAUUCCCUAAUAACAUAGCAUGUCGCGAAUUGAGUAAUAUGAAAAAAAUAUUAACUCAAGAAUGCAUAACCAAAAUCGAAAAUGAAAAGGAAAUCGAGGAGUCUUUAUUAAUAGAAAAGAAUCUUUUUGAGCAAUCUUUCCUACAACAUAAACCAUUGAUAGCUGCAGAGCGCCUAAAAAGUGGGACGAGCAUGUUAAAUCAAAACUCCAUUAGAGAACAAAUGCUCCCACCUAAGACUUUAUCGGAAAUGGAGAAGAGAAGGCCUUUGAAAAAAGAAUGUAAAAGUCAAAUUAUUAAUGAUAAGGAAUUUGGUUUCGAAUUUACAAAGCUCAGUUUGGCUGAUCCGCGCUUGAAUAUUAUGAUGACUACUGUCAGGUCAAAAAGGAGACGCGACAAAAAUCGACUAAUUGUUAUUGAAGGUCGACGUUUAAUAUUGGAAGCUUUAGAAUGCGGACUUCAUUUGAAAACGGUUAUAUUUAGCCAACGCGAGCAGCUGGCUGCCAUAAAGGAGAAAAUAGCCGUAUUGCAAAAAGUAAAACAAACUGAAAUCUACAAAGUACCACACCAUGAUCUAAAACUUUGGUCUACGCUCAAUACACCACCGGGGGUGUUAGCUAUAUUUGAAAGGCCAUGUUUACAAUACGUUCGCAAAACACUUUCAAAAGUAUCGGUAGCCCUACCCAUUACUGUAGUUUGUGAUAAUAUACGCGAUCCAAACAAUUUGGGCAGCAUUAUACGCACCUGUGCUGCUUUGCCUUGCCUGCAAGUUGUAAUCACCAAAGGCUGUUGUGAUCCAUGGGAAUCAAAAUCUUUAAGAGGUGGUUGCGGUGGCCACUUUAGAAUACCAAUACACGACGAUGUUAAUUGGAACGAAGUUCCGUUAGUGAUACCAACUGAAGCCGCAGACAAUUGUUGGGUAUUUAUAGCAGAGAACAACAUAAGUAAAUCCAAAGGACUAACAAGUGUACUCGACUAUACGAAUUUAGAAACGGGGUCUCACAGCGUCGUUAUUGUUGGUGGUGAAAGCCAUGGAGUUAGCAAGGAAGCUUACCAAUUUAUGCAGACCGUGGGCAACAGAGGCAAAUGCUUACAUAUACCUGUUGCUGAAGGUGCAGACAGUUUAAACGUUGCAUCAGCUUUAACUUUAAUUCUCUAUGAGUUACGUAAGCAUGUCUCGCAUAUGCAAAACUGAAAAUUUUCAUG